UUAAUAAUUAGAUACAAAAUGGCUAGACUGUUUCCCACAAAUAAGCAUGGCUUUAAAGAAGUAAACCUGCUCUGAUUUUGUAUAUCCGAAUUAGUGGGGCUGUCAUGCCCAGCUAGAAUAUACAAAUAUUUUUUUAGUUAUAAAUAAAAUUAUGGAGCUAAAGCAUAAGCUAAUUUCUGAAGUUUAACGAUGAAGCGAGGAAACUUGAAUGGAUCAAUGGGUUACAUUGAAAGUUCAGAC